GUGUGUCGUGUUUGGCGUCUCCUCAUCACCGAGGUACCCGAUCUUCAGUACAAGUUUGAGCUUAGUCUGAGCGGCCUCGAUGAAGCCCUCUUUCCAAAUUCCGUUGCCUUACUGGACCGGCCCCCUUUUCUCCGGAAGUAUCAACAAGCUUGGAUAAAUCUAGAGUGUACGAUCCACACCUCUCUACCUAGAGUAGACUUCCAUGAGUGGUCCGACAAUAUUAUCUUCCACCAUGGGAUACUUGCCUAUUUGAAUGGAUCAUCGAGCGUUGUACAUCUCACUCAGCUUCCUUCACCUCUUCUCGGUAUCGAACAUGGAGACUGGGACGUGCAUCUACCUGUCAUGUCUCCGUCUCUGGUUGGGUUUCAAAUUGAUCCUUUCCAAGACUUGCUCAUCGCGGUGUUUAUGAACACAUGUCCUGGUGACCCAGGCCAUUCAUCUUGUCAAGUGCGCCCACUCUCGAUGACCGGCGGCAAACACUCGUCAGGGGCUUCCGAAUCUAGCUGCACUCUGCUAGGAGAUUAUGAAGAAGAAUCUAUAAUCCACAUCAAUGGCGAUCUCGUCACAAUUCUCGUACAAGGGCUGUCUGUUCACCAGGUGAUAAUUGUAUGGGAUUGGAAGGCAGCAAAACUAAAAACGCAACUUCAUUUCACGCAAGUCUUGAUAUUCGACCUUGCAUUCUUGUCCGACUACCUUUUGUGUGUACUCGAGGAUCGCUUCAUUUCGGGAACUACUAAGCAAGCAGCGCUCCUUGUUUAUGACGUCAAGUCAACGACUGCGGAGAUAGUUCUGCAUGAUUCGAAUUUCGUCGCUGCUUUCUUAUUACCUGACUGCAGUGAUGACGUCGAUAUAGAACAUAUUUCAUUGCAGGUGGAUCUUGUUCCGCAGUCAUCCAGCGGUGGAUUAGCUGCGAUCUCCCUCUUCGGACGCUAUACAGGGAAUGGAGAUGGUCCUGCAUUCAGGACACUGGACAUAUUUGUCCAUUCGUCGUUUCUUGUUAGGUGUUCGGAAGCGAGCUACGACCGGCGUCGUAUAAUACCGUGGUCUGAAUGGGGUCCAUUCAAUACGCACGCAGUCUCCACCACAUCCUCGGAUUAUAUUGAAGAGCAGCCAAUCAGUCUGUCGGGUUUGCGCGCUUCCGCUCGUUCGACGUCGGAAUCUAUCGUUCGCGUGUACGACUUCGAUCCCCUGCGAAUAGGGCGUUCACGGGGUGAGGAAGAAAUCAUGAUCAGUGACUCCUGCCAUGUACCUCCAGGCACUUGGAACAAGGACGGGAUCUCUACGCAUCUUCCAUGCUUGGUGUCGGAGGUAGAACUACCGACGACGCUGAGAUGGUGGAAUCCAAAAUAUGGCAUGAUCUGCGAGCUUGGGUUGUUCUCAGCCAUCGAUGAUCCGUCUGCUGAUGUUGGAUUUGGAUGGUUCGGAAUCUAAGUUUGGAAGAGGACACCCAAUCGAAUGCAAGUAUGUUGACGACGGGCAUAUUGAAAACCUAGGCUGUGUACAAAAUCUGGUGCAUCAGAUAGUAUCUGCGCCACUAUGCAGUGCAUGUGUAUGAACUCACUUGCUCCG